GUAACAGAAUAAAAGUAGCUUACAAAAUAGCUAAAUAAGCAAUUACAAUGUAGUGCUAUAAAACGAGAAAAAUUUGGUUGUUUUUCCAGGUAGAACUGUUCUGACUUCAGUACUGAAGCAGCUAUUUGAGUUUUAGCAUCCUGUUAUCAACCUUACCCGACACAUGCUAAUGUUCCAGAACAUGGUGAUUUUGACUUCCAACAAAGAAAGGAAUACUAGAACUCAUUUCAGCCAAUCAGAAACCGAAUUUUUCAUUCUGAAUGGAAUUAUAUGAUUCAGGAUCUAAAUUACACAGGUGUUGGUAGAGAAAGAGGCAUACUGGUAUUGAAACUUUAAACUGGCCUGUUUACUUUGUCUCUUAACAAAAACACUUUGGAUUCAGGUUCUCCACAGCAGUCUUCCACUGGCCACAGUGAGGGGAGCUAGGUUUCCCCAGUCUCCAGCUACAAAAACUCAGAACAUCUAAAGAUCUGAAACAUGGAAAAAAGAGAACUAAAGGCUUCUGUUGCAAAAUUUGACAAGAUUCCUUGGCUUAGUGAGGCCAGCCUCGUAAACAAGCCACUAGUGCUCAGCCUCCCCAGAAGAUAUCCUCCUUCCUCUGCGACUUUUCUGACUUCGUCCAAGAGGAAUAUGAAUUUGCCAAUUUUGUUUCAAGUUCCAGAUGUUUUAUCUAAGACCAGGAGGAACCAGCGUGACUCCAUGCUGCUCAGAAACCAACAGCUGUGCUCCACAUGUCGAGAAAUGAAAAUGGUACAACCAAGAACAGUGAAAAUCCCAGAUGAUCCAAAAGCAUCCUUUGAGAAUUUUAUGAGUCAUAGAAUGAUGAGUUUUCAUCAACCCAAAUUCCAGACUACCCCUGAGCCUUUCCAUGAUGACAUCCCAACAGAAAGCAUUCACUACAGACUGCCCAUUCUGGGCCCCAGGACAGCUGUCUUCCACGGAUUACUGACAGAGGCCUACAAAACUCUAAAAGAGAGACAACGUUCUUCCUUGCCCAGAAAGGAACCAAUAGCCAAGAUGAUGAGGCAGUGAGCGGUAGGAGCUCAUCACCUCCCAGACUCCCAGAGAGAAAAUAACCUUGCCAAGUCAAUCUUUGACACUGGCACCUUCUCCUCACAAUUUUCUCUCCUCUCCCAAAAGAUGAUUUAAUUUUGCCUUCCUGAGAUUGCUAGUAUUCUAGCUGUUACCUCUAUCUUCUCUCUCAUGUCUCCUAAAGAUAAAAUGGUUUAAUUUACAUGAUUAUAAAGAUCUGUUGAUGAAAAUG